CCCACGACCCAUCCUGGCCCUGUCCCUGUGGCAUGCACAGGCAUACCGCCAGUCUUUUUUACGGCGUUUCCAGCCGAGCCGCAAAGCAUCGCAGCGGCCAGAAAUUUCAGCCUAGCCGACCCCGCGGACAGUGCAAGAGAACAGACCGAUCGGGUUUUUUCGGACGCGGCCCGCAUGGAAGGAAAUGAUUUAACUGAAGGAAUUAGUAGCUACUUAUGAAGGAUGGGAUAGAGGAUGAUGGGAUAUGCUCAUCGUUGGGUGCCCAGUGACCGAUCGGACGGGGACAAACGCAGUUGUGUCGACUCGCUUUUUCCAGUGCGCCAGCUCCCCCGACCCUUCCACUUUUAAUUAGCCCCCGAAUUUGUGCCCUUUCCAAUAAGUGUCCCGCCUUUCACGGCUCAAGUGCGGAUUAAUGUGCUGUCCUUGUGUUGCUGUGUUCAAAACGUGCUCCUCGAUUUUCAGUGAUGAACAUAGAUAGUUUCCAUCUUAAUUUGAAUGUAUGGAUUGGUUAAUCGUUUUUGAAAAUGGAUAGUUUCUCCUUUUUUCCAAAGCCACCAGAUGGAACACAUAAUUGUACGCCGCCGGCGAUAGACGAUUUCCCGCGGGAUUUCUUCACAAAACGACAAAGACAGGAGGGUGCUGUGCUUUUUCACGCAGGCGCUUCCAUCUACCUCUUUAUAGCUUUAGCCAUAGUUUGCGAUAAGUACUUCGUGCCAGCCGUAGAAAAAAUAUGCAAAGCCCUAAAUAUGUCAAACGACGUGGCGGGGGCGACAUUUAUGGCAGCCGCUACGUCGGCGCCAGAACUUUACGUCAACGUGAUAGGCACCUUCAUCACAGAAGGAGACAUAGGCGUUGGCACUAUUGUAGGAAGUGCCGUUUUCAAUAUCCUAGCCGUGGCUGCUUGCUGCGGCAUCGGGGCCAGCAUGGUGGUGCCUCUGCACUGGUGGCCUCUGACGAGAGACUGCAUAGCAUACGGCAUCACGGUUACCAUUCUCAUCUGCAUCAUCCAUGAUGAGCGCAUAGAGUGGUACGAGGCUCUCAUACUUGUUAUCUUAUACGGUGUUUACAUCCUAGUCAUGUACUUUGAUAAAAAUAUUCAAUCUUGGGUGCGAAAGCAGCUGAAGAAGCGAAAGGGGGUGAAUGAUCAAAACAAUGAUCAAAAUAACGACCAGAAGCAACCAACAGAAGUAAUAACUAUUGAAUCAAACGACAAACUUGACUCAAUUCAAAUGGCUCAGUCUCCUCAACAAAACGGAACAAUUGUUAAGCCCAACGCCGAUGAAAUCACACCAGAGAAUGAUAAUGAAUCAUCUGGAGUUCUUGGACUUUUCAGCUAUCCAGAGAAAGGAGGAUGGUUCCGCAAGGCGCUAUGGAUGCUCGUGUUGCCUAUCCACGCGGCGUUUUAUAUCACAAUUCCUGACUGCGAAAACCCGCGCUUCAAGAGAUUUUAUCCUCUCACAUUCACCAUGUGCAUUGUCUGGAUAGGCAGCCUUUCCUAUUUCGUUGCCUGGAUGAUUACAGUAGUCGGCGAUACUCUGAAUAUUCCGGAUUCUGUUAUGGGAAUUACGUUUCUCGCUGCGGGAACCAGUGUGCCGGAAGCAGUUUCUAGUGUCAUCGUCGCAAAACAAGGUCACGGCUCAAUGGGAAUCAGCAACUCUCUGGGUUCAAACACGUUCGACAUCCUGUUGUGUCUGGGCCUGCCGUGGUUCAUAAAGGCCUCGUUCCUGCCCACCGACGCCGGCCGCCAUUUCGUGAGCAUCAACUCCCGCGGACUCGAGUACUCGGCCAUCUCCCUCCUCUCCACCCUCCUCCUCCUCUACUGCACUUUCGCUCUCAACAAAUUCUAUCUCGACAGAAAGGUGGGGCAAGCUUGUUUGGCAAUGUACAUCUUGUUCCUCAUAUUGGCGACUCUGAUAGAGCUCAACGUGUUUUUCCCAGUCAACCUUCCAGCGUGCAUCAGGCCACAACAGUGAAACCACCCAACAGACCCCCGACGGAGGCCAACGAUCUCUUGAUUUAGAUUUUUUGUCUUUUCUCUCCUCGAAACGCAAAAAACAAACAAAUAAGUUAUUUUAUUUUAAGUUCCUAGUUUUACUGGAUGGAGCAAUACAUUUUGUAAUCUCGAGUGCAAAGUAUGAUUUUUUAUAUGAAGACCCCCACGGAUGUGUAUUUAUUAAAUAAAUUUAUAUUUUAAUCUUU